AUGGAGCAGCAGAAGGAAGACACGGGCCGGGAAGGGAACCACCUGCCACCGCCCGGGACGGGGCCCUGGCCCCCCCUGCCCUUCCCGGCCCUGCCAUCUUCUCUCCUGGGCACCCCAGAUCCAGCACACCUGGGGCUCCCCGAGAGCCUGGCCUCCGUCACUGUGCCUAUUCGCCUGGACGCCCUCUCCUACCUCCUGCACAGCGCCUUGCUGGGGGCCUAUAACCUCCAGCAGUCCCUGUCCUCCUGCACCUGCCACCCCCAGGCUCCCGACCCCCAGCCCCCCGCCGCCAAGAGGCCAUUCAGGGGAUGGAUUUUGGUGCCCCAGUGCCCACACCGCCUCCUGGCUUAG